CGCCGGAAAUUAUAGUUCCUAUUAUCAAUUCAUUUUUCCUUAAAGCAUACCUAUUAAAUCUUGACUGACAAAUGAUUAACAACCACUGUGCGCGUCCUGACUCAUCCGUCCAUUUUAAACCGUAGACCUUGUCGAAAAAACUCUUGACUCCCCUGGGCACAUGAAACUGGACACCCGAGCUUUUGAGGCCCCUCUUUCCAUGCGGAGGAAUACAUUGUUGCUGCUCACAAUGUGGAUGGAGGUGGUCAAGAUGUCUACUAGAAGAAUGAAUUCACCUCAAUUGUAACAACAUAAAGGAAGUCGUGGCGCGGGAUUGUUUGGAUACAGACCUGCAACAUUGUAUUUGUGACGUCGGUGUUUUGUAGUAGGAUGUCAAAGGAGGAAUAACACACAUUGUUGCGCCUAUCAGCCUUUAAUGCGCCGUGCUUCAAAUUCUUUCGAGUUUUUUGGUUUUUCCCUACGAGAUUCAACCUUUCUUUUUUACUACUGGAUGUAAUACAACUGAUAAACAGAGGGUGCUUUAAAGACCGAGUGGUAUGAACGAGGCGCACCAGAGAAUGGCUACAGUGGGAACAGAUAAGGAACUCAGUGACCUGUUGGAUUUCAGUGCGAUGUUUGCGCCACCUGUGGCCAAUGGGAAGAACAGACCAACUACACUUGCUAGCAGUCAAUUUGGUGGUUCAGGUAUGGAAGAACGCAGUAGUACUUGGGCUGCUGGAGAUCAAAACAGUCCAUCUUUUAACCAGAGCUAUGGAGAGGGCCCACACUUCAAUGAACAUGAUGGACUAUCUUCCCCAUUCCUUGGCACAGGGAUUAGUGGUAAGAAUGAAAGGGGUCCAUACUCUUCCUUUGGGGGUCAGCCGGGGUUCCUGCCUUCAGACAUUGCCAUGCCUUCUGCAGAUGCCAUGUCCCCAUCCGGACUGAAGUCUGGCUCACAAUUCUACUCUUCAUACCCCAACAACCCCCGGAGACGCCCCUCAGAUGGAGGCAUGGAUCCCCAACCAAAAAAGAUCAGGAAGCCGCCAGGACUGCCAUCUUCAGUUUAUGCUGCCACCUCUGGUGAUGACUAUAUCCGUGACAGUGCUGCCUUCCCAGGCUCCAAACCUGGCUCUGUGUACCCAGGGUCCUUUUACAUGCAAGAGGGCCUACACUCCUCUUCGGACCCCUGGGCCCCGUCUGGAUCCUUAGGUCAGUCAGGAUACACCGCAAUGCUGGGGAGUUCGCCACACAUCAAUCAGCCUGGCUCCUUCUCGGCGAUAAACGCACAAGACAGGAUGGUAUGUCUUCUGAAGGCUUUGGAGAGGGGCUUAAAUUGUGACUUAUUUCAGAAGCUCCAAUCACUGUGUUUGCCUCUACAGAACUACCCUUUGCAUGGAGCGGACGUCAAUGGUUUCCAUUCGGGCUCAGCUGCCUAUAGCCACUCAUCCUCCAUGAAUGGAUCAGACAGCAUUUUGGCCAAUAGAGGCUCCGUCGCAAGCAGCUCAGGUGAUGAGAUCGGAAAAGCUCUUGCUUCGAUCUACCCUUCGGACCACAACAGCAACAACUUCUCCUCCACUCCUUCCACUCCUGUGGGCUCCCCUCAGGGCAUUGCAACAGGUGCAGCACAGUGGUCGAGAGCUUCUGGCCAGACUGCCCUAUCUCCUAACUAUGAGGGUGGACUACAUGCACUGCAGAACAAAAUGGAAGAGCGACUAGAGGAGGCCAUUGAUGUGCUCCGAAGUCAUGCGGUGGGUCAGCCCCCGGGAAUCCCUGGACCCCAUGCCGACAUGCAUGGCCUACUGGGUGCCGUCACCACAUCCAGCGGAUCCAUGGGCGGUCUCCCUCAGGCCUACUCCAACCCGGGACUGCCCCUAACCAACAGACACCCUGCCAUGGCUGGAAGCCAUCAUGACGACCAUGCCUGCCUUCCUCCCAGCAGCACCCUGUUGCAGUCAGCUCAUGCUUCAGGCACCCCACAGCCUGGAGGAGCACCAGAGGGUUUAAACACUUCAGGUUUGCCCGGAGGCUUGGCCCAAGCCACACGUUCGUCAAACAAAUCCGACAUUAAGAGGGAAGACAAGGAGGAAGAUGAGAACUCCUCUGUGGCCGAUAAGUCUGAAGAAGAGAAGAAGGAAAGCAAACAGUCUCGCACCAGAACAAGAAAGGAGGUGUUUACCCAUCAAGUCCUUUCAAGUUUAUCAGACCAGGGAGAAGAUCCAGAUGAAGAUGACGAGGAUUUGCCAGCAGAGGUGAAGAUCGAGCGGGAGAAGGAGCGACGAGUGGCCAACAAUGCACGAGAGCGACUCCGCGUGCGUGACAUCAACGAGGCCUUCAAAGAGCUGGGCCGCAUGUGCCAGCUGCACCUGAGCAACGAUAAACCCCAGACCAAACUGCUCAUCCUGCACCAGGCCGUCAAUGUGAUACUAAACCUUGAGCAACAAGUCCGUGAACGCAACCUAAACCCCAAAGCAGCUUGUUUGAAGCGACGUGAAGAGGAGAAAGUGUCCGGGGUGGUUGGAGACACUCAAAUGCAGCUGUCCGGACCGCAUCAAAGCCUUGGAGGAGAUGGACGCAACUCUGUCAGUCACAUGUGAUCAUGUGAUCAUGACAUUUCUUGGGGCUCCUGGAAGAAGUGACCUUGAAUCUCUUCCACCGUUCUCAUCCUCUCUGUGUGCAUAUAGUGACUCGGAAAGCAUAUCAUCCACGAAAUAAAGAGGUGCACCCUCCAAAACUUUUUGGACACACAAACUGACCCGCCAAAACUGACACAGCAGAUUUUGUCCGUGAUCACUCCAGACCGCAAUUACCAGCACAAAUGUGAAGAACUCUUUCUCAAGUCGUUUUGUAUUUUUCUGCUUCCCAACAACGUUGGAUCAUAGGAAUAGACACAUUCUGACCACAACUGACAUUUUUCCACUGCAGAGAGUUUUGAUCGAAAGACAAGACGAACGUCAAUUUAAUCAUGGAUUUGUGCCUAAUUGUUACGUUUUAUAUAAGACACAAACUGCUUACUCGUGUGGAACAAAAGUUUGGGAGUUGCUUGUAUAUGAGCAAAUUUUUUUUUUUUUUUAAAUGUGGUUUGUCAUUCCCUACUGAAAGGUACAGUCUUACAUGCAUUGUGUAACCAAACCCCAUGAGAAGUGGGGCGAACCUGUGGUGCUUUUGAGGACGGCGUUUCCCAGCAUGCCUCUGCUCUGUGGGACAGGGCUCUUCCGGAAAGGGAGAAAAGCACAUGGGCAAUCGCAGCUCUCCAGACUGUUUCAUCUCUUUGGAAACAUCACGCAUCAUCAGCUCUCAUGAUGCCACUGACAAGUUCAGCCAAUCGGAAGAAACUGCAUCAUAAAGGAACAUGAGCUUUUGUUACAAUGACAACAAUGCUUGGAUUCCAUUGCAUUUCCAAGCACAAAAUUGCCAAGUUGACCUUUCAUGUCUUUCCUUUCGUAAGCCCUUUUAUUUUUUCACCAGGAUACGUUCAAUCAUCAUUCGCUCGCAUCGACUCGUUGUUGCCAAAAGUCUGAAAGUGUACACAUGUCCACCUCAUGCAUAUGUUAUGGAUGUUAUUUCGAUUUGAGAAAAAAAUGUAAGAAUAUAUAUAAAUAUAUAUAUUUUUGUUAGUCUAUACAUUGUAGAUUUCUAAAUAACAAAAACAUAUUAGUUUGAAGUGUAGAGUCUAUAGCGCAAGUGAACGCUCAGAUGCGCCAUACGAUUUCAAAUAUUUUCAGAAACAUUAAGGUUUGGGUGAGGCAACCCACCCUUAAUUUUAUCCCAGAUGCCCCACAAUAGCUCUAUGCUCAUGAUAAAGAGAUUUGAUAAUGAUGAUUGAAGGCGCAUUGAGGUUUAAGACCUCACAAUAGUUUCCUGAUUUCAGGGAACUGUACGUCACUAGAAGUGUUCUUAGGCAAUGGUGUAGUGCGUAAGCAACGUUCACCAUCAUUUCAGUCUCGCCAAUGCACGUAAUGCAACCUGUUUGAAUGUAAUAUUCAAAUGUACACAAUCUCACGUCUCCAUCAGACUGGCUUACUGUGAGUUUAGUUAUUCAUAUUGUCAUUUCAAGGUGUACGUCUCAACCCGAUUUUUGUCAUGUGCGUGAGAUGAUGUUCCCUGAUGGUUUGAAUUAUGUAUGUAAGAAAAAAAAUGGUGUUAUAACCUGUGUAAAUGUCAAAAUGUCCACAAUGGAUAUGAUUUCUGAGUAAUAACAUUUCACCGUAAGGGGGAUACUGAACUUAGGUUGUCCUAAAGUAUAAUGGAAACAUAAUAUUAAAUCUUGAUAAAGAUAAAAAGUUGUCGAACAUUUA